CUGAGGCAAUUUGGAAAGUUGUAAAUCAGAAAAAGGGAAUUACUCUUAUUCAAGGACCACCAGGAACAGGAAAGACAUCUACAAUUGUUAGUAUAGUUAGUGAAUUAAAAAAUGUUUCAGAUGCACUAUUGGGCUAG